AUGCUGAGCUUCCUGCUGCUGCUGGUGGCCGGCGCCCAGGCUGCCGUGCUGCCCGACUCCCGGGUGGUCAAUGGGGAGGAUGCUGUCCCCUACAGCUGGCCCUGGCAGAUCUCUCUGCAGUACCAGAGCAGUGGUACCUACAGGCACACCUGCGGGGGCAGCCUGAUCGCACCCAGCUGGGUGAUGACAGCCGCGCACUGCAUCUCCUCCACGCGCACCUACCAGGUGGUGCUGGGCGAGUUCGACAUAGGCGCUGCAGAGGGUCCUGAGCAGACCAUCCCCGUGGCCUCUGACGGCAUCUUUGUCCACCCCGAAUGGCGAAGCUCCUGCGUGGCCUGCGGCAAUGACAUCGCCCUGCUGAAGCUGCAGCGCCCGGCCCUGCUCAACACCCAGGUGCAGGUCGGGCACCUGCCCCCUGCGGGCACCGUGCUGCCCGAUGGCUACCCCUGCUACCUGAGCGGCUGGGGGCGCAUCGCCACGGGGGGCCCUCUGCCCGACCGGCUGCAGCAGGCCCUGCUGCCCGUGGUGGACUUCGAGCACUGCACGCAGCCCGACUGGUGGGGAGCGCUCUCCAUCCGCCGCACCAUGAUCUGCGCCGGCGGCGGCCGGCGGGCAGGCUGCAACGGCGACUCCGGAGGGCCCCUGAACUGCCAGGCUGAGGAUGGGACCUGGCAGGUGCAUGGCAUCGCCAGCUUCGUCUCCGCGCUGGGCUGCAAUACCGAGAAGAAGCCAACAGUCUUCACCCGGGUGUCUGCCUUCGAGGACUGGAUCAACGAGGUGGGCACAGCUGCCAGCGUGCCAGGUGCUGGGCACCCGGCGGACACCCUGCGCACCCCAGGACUGGUCCCCUCAAGGCGCCCCGAAGCCAGGGGGAUGCCCCCUGAGGUGCCCCAGGCCGCCCGUGGCUGUGGCUCCUUCCCGACCCGGCGGUCGCUUCGCAACGGCUGGCACCGGCGCGUGACCGCCAACAAAGAGCCCUUUCAGCGGCCACCCUGUCGUGCCAGCACCCCCGGGACCCCCGGCCGGGGCACACAGCAAGCGCCGGGCACCCGACGGGCAUGGGGCAGCUCCUCCCUCGCCGGUGGUGCCAACCGCCUCCGAAAAGCCUGGUGGCCUCUGGCCGGACCCACCCCCGUGGGGGUGACUCAGCCGCCGAGGCCCUUCCUUAUAUAA